AUGGGACAAAGAAGUGGACGUCAAGAAAUAAGGAAGAAACUGGCACUAAGUGAGACCAUGAAUGCUGAAGCAGAUGGACAAAAUGAUAAAGAGGAAGCUGAAGAGCCAAAGGCCAAAGACCAGAGGCUACUAUCAGUCUUUGGUGUGGCAGACUUAAAAAAUGGAGCUAUUGGCCUGUACAACAUUGGACAGAGCUGCUGUCUGAACUCUCUGCUCCAAGUGUUCCUUAUGAAUAUACGCUUCACUGGGAUACUUCGAAGGAUCACAGUGCCACCACAUGCUGCGCAGAAGAGGAGGAAUGUCCCAUACCAAAUGCUCCUACUGCUGGAGGAAAUGCAGUGUGGCAAGCGGAAAGCUGUUUCUCCCAUACACCUCGCUCACUGUCUUUCAUUAUACAGAGUGAACUUGUUUGUGCAGCAUGAUGCUGCCCAGCUCUUCAUGACACUCUGGAACUUGAUAAAGAGGCAGAUGAAAAAGCCAGAGCUCGUUGAAGAGCUGAGUGAUUUGUAUGCUGUCUGUGUACAGGAGCACCUGGCCUGUCAGAAAUGCUCUUUUGAGGCAAAGAGGAGCAGCAGCAUGAUAACCCUUCCAGUCCCAGUGCUGGAUUCUAAUUCUCAUGUGCUGAAGACUCUGGAGGACUGUCUGCAAUACUUUUUCCACCCAGAAAUGCUGACUGAUCACAACAUGUGUUUCUGUGAACAGUGUGGAAGGAAAACACCUUUUUUGCAGAGCACGAAGCUAGUCCACCUGCCACAGACUCUGACCAUACACCUAAAGCGCUUCUGCAUCGAAAAAUCGGCCUACAUUCACAAGCUUAGUCACUAUCUGCCGUUCCCACAAGACCUUGAUUUCAAUGCAGUCUUGACAGAAAGUCAGUGCCAAGCAGAUGACAGUGAAAAGGCUGGCUGGCAGUAUGAGCUUUUUGCUGUUGUUGCUCAUUCAGGAUCAACUAAUUGUGGACACUACUGUGCCUAUAUUCGCAGUCUCACAGAAUGCAAAUGGUAUUGCUUCAACGAUUCUCAGGUUUGCCAGGUAUCAUGGGAUGAUGUGAAAUGCACCUAUGGACAUUCCAACCUCCACUGGGGAGAAACAGCCUAUCUCUUGAUUUACAUGAAAAAACAUCCUCAGUAG